GAGUGUCGUGCCUGGCAACAGUGUGGCCCGAGUUUGACGGGUCGGCGGCGGCGAUCAGCUGGCGAGUGUGUGUUCCCCUGACGCGGCAAGUACACGACGGCACCAUGGCCAAGAACAGCCUCAGAGACAAGCUGGAAGGCGAUGAACUCGACCUCAGUAUGAUGAGUCUUACGGAGGUGCCGGUCAAAGAGAUAGCAGCAUUGCCAAGAGCCACAAAAAUCGACCUCUCCAGCAACCAGCUGACGACCCUGCCACCCACUUUUGCCCAGAACCUAAGCAACAUCACCCACCUUGAACUUGGCUCCAACAAAAUCAAAGAACUACCACAAAAUUUCUUCAAGUUGAGGAACCUGAAGCAUCUUGACUUGUACAAUAAUCAGCUGACAGACCUGCCGUUGACCUUCUGUCAACUGCCAAGCCUGAAGUGGCUGGACCUGAAGGGCAACCCACUCAAUCCCAAUCUCAGGAAGGUUGCUGGUGACUGCCUCAACCAGAAAGAGUGUGAGGCAGCUGCCAGGAACGUAAUUGCCCAUCUGAAGAAGCUACAGAUUCAAAUGGAAACAGAAAAACAGGAGAAGCUAAAAAAGGAGAAAGAAAAGGCAGAAGCCCGUGCUCGUGCUGAAGAAGUGAAACAAGCUAAGAAAAGAGCUGAAAAGAAAGCAGCAAAGGAGAAGAGGAAGGCAGAGGUGCGUGCUCAACUAGAGUCUCAGAAGGCAAAGGCUAAUGGAAUGGCAAACACAGAUAAACAAUACAGUGCAGUCCCCAAACCAACGAAGCCUCAGCUCACACAGAAGAAGGUUGUGAAUAAAGGUGGUUGGUCACUGCUGGGAUGGAUAAACUUAUUGCUGUUCUUCUGUCUGCUUGGGGCAGGAGGAACAUGCCUUUAUGUAUACACCGAUGGUGAUCUCUCUCCAUCGGGUGUCUCUGCUGCCUUGCCCCGCAUUGUUGACAAUGCCAAUAUUCUGGCAAAUCUUACACUUGAAGCAUUAAAGCCAGAAAACCUACAGCAAACAGCACAAAGUGUCAGCACAACCAUAACUGAGACAGCGUCCUAUCUCUGGGCAGAGUUGCAGGAACACACAACAGAUUUGAAUAUUUACAUAGAACCUGCAGUAGAGGCAGUGUCAGCAGCAUGGGCGUGGUUACGAGAACACAUAAUUUGGAGCUACAACUGGAUUGUUGACAAUGUUGAUUGGAACUCCAUUGUACAGGCCAUCAGGGAAACUAUGUUGUUCUUUUAUGAGCAGUGGCUGGUCAUCUGUGAAGAGUUGAGUAGGAACAAGACACUGAUGUCUUUUGUUGAAGCCAUCAAGCCAUAUUACGAGCUUGUGAUGGAGCGUCUUGCUACUUUGUGGGGCUUUGUGUGGGAGCAGGUGGUCAUUGCUGUGACCUAUAUUCAGGAGCAAUGCCCAGGUGUCCUUGAGUCUGUUAAGGAUCAUGCUGCUGCUGUGAAACAGUCUAUUGAGGGACUUGUUAAGUAAUUCUACAGUUUUACUUUUGUAUGGAUGUAUAAAUCCCAUAAUUUCUUUUUAUUUUAUUUAUUUUUUGUUUGGAUGUAUAAAUUCCAUAAUUUCUGAAUUAUAAACUUACAGUAUUUGAAGUGAAGGUGCUUCAAAGUAUUAAUGCAAUAAUACUUUAUUUAUGUAAUAUUCAGUGUGUUAGUGACUUACUGUUUCCAUAUACAAGCAGUAUAUGUCAAACAGUAUGAGAAAUAAGGAAAUUGUUUUCAUUCUCAGAUUAAUAAAAAUAUUAAAUUUU